AUGAUUUUUAAAUUAAUAAUCUUAAAAUUUGCACUAUUUUUGCCUUUUGUAUUAUCUUCAACUCCUAGUUAUUCUGUAUAUGAAACAAGUUCGCUAAGUGGGCAAAGUCAAUAUGACUGUUUAUAUUGGGCAAAUGGAAACUAUAUUAUUCUAAAUUAUUGUAUUCGGCCAAAUGGUUCUGAAACUAUAAAUUUUUUACCUUAUCAAUCAGCUAUAAACGGUAAACGAUAUGCAUUUUAUGAAUUAUACCAAUUAAAUAUAAGUAGUUAUGAUUUGUAUCAAUGGUCAGCUCCUAUUAAUCUAAUUGAAAAAUACCAAAUGUAUCACGAUAAUAUAACGAAUUCUUCUCUCGAUUACGAAUUGUAUUAUAAUUGUUCCAAACCAUGGUUUGGAACAUUUUGUCAAUACACACUGAAUUCUAUUGAAUCAUUUGACCAAAUUAUUGCUGAAAGAUUCCAAUCGAGAAUAAAAUAUGAGCCGACAGAUGUUAUUAAAAUUACAAAUGGCACAUGCUAUACUGGUUUAAAAUGUUAUAGAGGUCCAUCUCCAAUAUGCUUAGAUUGGAGAGAAAUAUGUGAUGGAAAAGUUGAUUGUUUUGAUGCUGAAGAUGAAAAAUAUUGCUCUCAAUUAGAAACAAAUACAUGUGAAAAAGAUCAAUAUCUCUGUCAAAAUGGAAUGUGUAUACCGGAUAGUUUAAUAAAUCAAAUAGGAAUUAUUCCAGAUUGUAUAGACGGUUCAGACGAACAAUAUAUGAGGUCUUUUACCGAUAUUUGUUAUAAAGAACCUUCUCCAAAAUGCGAAGAAUAUUCCUGUACAUGGAAUAAACGAUAUUCAUGUGGAGAUGGACAAUGUUCUGAUAUUCACCCACCGACGUAUUUGCCAUUAUGCUUUAAUGGACGAGAUCUAUUGCAUUCUAGAUCUCAAUUGAUUCAUACUGAAUUAUCAAAAUUAUGUUGGGAAGCAAUCAUAUGCUCAUUAGGAUUUGGUCGAAUAUUUGAACUACUUUGUGUCUGCAGGAUGUACGAUUUUUGUACUGAAAUCAUUCACUAUGAAUGUCGUUCGAUAUUCUUUUUUCCAUUUAUAUCUAUUCUAGACAGACAUGUUCGUUUUGUAUAUACAAAAAAUAAAACAGAUUGGUCAACAAAUGUAUCCCCAGAUUACAUAUGUUAUGAUGAACUGCGAUGCAAUUUCAUCAAGUCCACAAUAACUGAAGAUACACUGAAAUGUCGACAUUUUGAAAAAUUUGAUAUAGACGCUAAAUAUAAUAAUUGGAUUAAAUUAUUUAUCGAUGUUCAACAUAUUUUUAAGGGGUGCUCGCAUAUGUAUCAUAAUUGUUUACAUUCAACAUUAUUUCAUUGUCCUAAUUCAUCAAAAUGUAUAUCAAAAACUCGUUUAACAGAUGGUUAUGAAGAUUGUUAUAAUCAGGUUGAUGAACAUACCAACAGUUGUUUACUUGAUUUAAAACAUCGUACCAAGUGUAGAUCCGAAGAUAAGUGUAUUCCAAAUAUGGCAUUAUUGGAUGGUACUAGGAAUUGUUUAGGUGGUGAGGACGAAGUGCCAAAUUUUGUAUGCUCAUCAAUUGAAUUGUGCAAUGAAAAUGAUAAAACUUUAUUUAAAGCUAUAUGUAAUGGUUCGGUGGAAUUUUCAUCUAUACUGGAAGUAACAGAUGAAACAAAUUGUGAAGAAUGGCCAUGUCGUACACAGUACACAAUUUGUGAUAAAACGUGGAAUUGUAGAAAUGGUAAAGAUGAAUUUAAUUGUCCAUAUUUUCCCAUCAACUGUAAAAACUUUGAACAUUAUUGUGUCAAACCCGAAACUGGUGAAUUAGGUUGCAUAGCAGUUGAUUAUAUUAAUAAUAAUCAAACUGACUGUUUAGGAUCAAGCGAUGAAAGAGAAUUUUGUCGUCAAAUGUAUCCGAAUAUAUCAUCUAAAAGACCAAAAUACCUUAUCUAUUUACUCUAUCAAACUCGUCCUAAAUUAUAUUCAAACUAUUCUGUUCGUAUUGAUGUUUUUAGUGUAAAUGUGUUGAAUAAUAUUAUUGUAUAUAAAGCAAGUUGGUUGUUUAAUAUUCCAUUUCCAUUUUUACCCGUUAAUAGACUUGCAGUAGAUUUAGUAAUAUCUAUAAAAAAAUCGGAAAAAGUGGCUUGUCAAGAUGCAAACCUAAAAUGUGAAAAUGGACAAUGUUUCCAGUACUCAAAUUCUAAGACAUAUUAUUGUAGAUGUAACAAGGGCUGGUCUGGCAGAUUAUGUGAUAUUCAAUAUCAGUGUUCUUGUUCACCAGGCUCAGUAUGUAUUGGAACAACUAUUGACUCAAGGCCAAUAUGUAUAUGUCCGUUAGGGAAAAUCGGUCCAUUAUGUUAUAUUUUUCAAGGAUUAUGUAAACGUGAUAGCUGUAAAAAUGGUGGCAUUUGUGUCGUUUUGGAUCAGAGAGUGUCAAGAGGUUUCUCUUUUGGAUGUAUCUGUUCAUCAGCAGAAUACUACGGUGAAUUUUGUCAUCGUAUAAGAAACAAAGUUCAUAUUUCAUUCGUUGGUGUAUCAGUACCAAUGUCACUAUUAGUUCAUUUUAUAUUAACAUAUAAUUACCAAUUGCCGGACCGCACUACAUUGGUCAAACAAAUACCUAUGUAUCAAAAUAGUCUUAUUAUACAUCGGUCAUCAGAUCAAUUAUUUCAAAUUAUUUAUUUGGAAUUUCAAAAUAAUUAUUAUUUAAUUUAUUUACGUAAAUCUAAGAUAAGUUCAAAAUACACUAAUGCAAUAGUUACACCGUCAAAUAGAUGUCCACAUAUACAAGAAUUACUUAAUAAUACAAUAGUCUCAUACCAUUUAUUAAAAGGAAUAAAACAGUAUCAUCGUCCAUGUCAACAACAACAUGAAUUGAAAUGUUUUUAUGAUGAAACACAGAUGUGCUUAUGUACAGAUGAUCAUAAUUCAGAUUGCUUUGAUUUUGAUCACAAUAUGACGUAUAAUUGUAACGGUUAUAAUUAUUGCGAAAACGAUGGAAUAUGCUUUCAAGACCAGCCAUACUGUCCUACAGAUUCUGUAUGUAUAUGUAAACCGUGUUAUUAUGGGAAUUUAUGUCAUCUGUCAUCGUCAUAUUUUGUACUUUCACUUGACGCAAUUAUAGGUUAUCACAUUCAGCGUUAUACAACGAUUAAUCAUCAACCGUUCAUAGUUAAAUUAAGUAUUGUAAUAACAACAAUUAUGCUUACAUUUGGUAUUACAAGUAAUUUAUUAUCGAUAUUAACAUUCAAGCAGAAGAAAGCACGUGAUGUUGGUUGCGGUAUCUACCUACUAUCAUCUUCAAUAAUUUCUCUACUAACAAUAUGUAUGUUUGUCUUAAAAUUUUGGGGUUUAUUAUUAACGCAAAUGAUGCUUUUCACAAAUCAAACAUAUCUUCAUGUUGAUUGUAUUCUCACUGAAUUUUUAUUAAAGUUUUUACUACCAACUGCUGAUUGGUUAAAUGCAUCUGUUGCUAUAGAACGUGUAGCAACAGUUACACUAGGUGCAAACUUCAAUAAGUCUAAAAGUAAACGAUCAGCUAAAUUCAUUAUAAUUUUUAUUAUCGUUAUAAAUAUCGCUAGUUCAAUACAUGAUCCAAUCAAUCGACGAUUAAUUGAAGAUCCUCAAGACCAACGUUUAUGGUGUUUUGUCAGUUAUCAACAUUCAACUUUACUAACAUCUUAUAAUACCGUAAUUAACAUGAUACAUUUUAUUCUACCAUUCAUUAUUCAUUUCGCAUCAUCGUUGAUCAUUAUCAUUACAACAGCGCAUAAGCGAUCUAUUGUUCGCACAAGUCAAACCUAUUAUGAACAUUUAAAAGAACAAUUUAAAACCUAUAAACAUUUAAUUAUAAGUCCAUGCAUUCUAAUUAUAUUAACAAUUCCACGGCUGAUUAUUUCGUUUAUUUCUGGUUGUAUUAACACAGCUCGCGAACCUUGGCUGUACUUAUCUGGCUAUUUUAUUUCAUUUAUGCCAUCGGUAGCAACGUUUCUCAUUUUUGUAGUACCAUCACAUACAUAUAAAACAGAAUUUUAUUCAGUAGUAAAAUACCAUUAUGCACGUACUACACAAUAUUUGCAUACUGGUGUAACUUUAACUUAA